GACUUGUGGUGCGGAUUUCAGUCCGCUUGAUUUUUUCGUGCGCCGGGCGGUGCACAGUUAGCCGCUGUAAGUAUGAAUAAUUGCAGAUGGAUCGCGACGGUUAUUAAAUGGGGUUGCUAUUUGUAGCAUAUAUGCAAGCGAGAUGAAAUGAAAUAUAGGCGCGAAUUGCCGCAUUAUCUUCGGACUUUUAGCUCGGUUUGGAUUCAAUUUCAACAGGUAUUUUAGAUUGAAUCUCGCCAGAAGGAGACAAACCCUUUGGACACAGGCGACUUUAAGGUCAACUGAAUAGAGUCGCUUAUAUGGACGGAUUUUACAAAAGAUAUACGUUCCUGAGGGUAAACGAAAAAUUUCUUCAUCUAGAGAUACAAAAAAUGUUGGGUAAAUUUUGCUUCCUAGGCCACUGACGAGGAAGCAUUGUGUUAUGUGAUAUGUACAUCAUACAUGAAAAGGCUUUUUGAAAAUCGGUGCAGUGGUGGCAGAACUACGGAAAACAAAGGAUAGAGAUGCUCAUCGUACAAAGAAGACUACUUUUCCUUCUAUUUUUUCUUAUCAAACUGACAGAAUGCAACAGAAAAAAUAGAAGAUACAAGGAGCUAAGGCGGCCAGAACCAUACGAUGUGUUUGAUUCUGACUACCUACCGAGCGAUGUUCAGGUCGCAACGUAUCUGUACAAAGGGAUUACUAAAAGAUUUUAUUACCAAUCUACUGUAAGUAACAGUACACUAUCUGUGACGAUAUCCACAUGUACUGGCCCAGUUGAGUGGCUAUUCGAAACCCACGAGAGGAGAUUAGCGGUGAAAAAUUCAGAUAAGCACACAAGGACUCAUAACCUCAAAGUGUCAACUGGUAUGUCUACAUCUUACUUUCCUGCUGUAAAAGGCCUCUACAUGCUCCAACUUCUUGCUCAAGAGAUGGACACCUAUGUACACAUCUACGUAAGCACAGAAGAGGGGGGUCCAAAGACCAUACAGAGUGCUCGACUACAGAAAAUCAAGAUCAUACAAAGACAAAGAAGGAAAGGUGUCACACUAAGGUGGCGACCAAGCUUGGUGGAUCCUCAGAGUACAACCUACUGCGCUGUAGUACACGACCAGAAAACCUACGGAUCACUUUGUGCAGCGCAGGCAGAUAAAUUUGGAAUUCUGCCACCUGUUAGCAGACCAGUGGCGGCAUCGCAGACGGUCAUAAGCUGGCAACCUUCUACUCAGAAUCAUUCCACCAGAACUGAUGAUACCUUCCCAAUAAUAGGAUGUGUAGGAAGGAGUACUCAGUAUACGACACUGAACCUUAAGCAAGGAAAAAACUACUAUUUCCAGGUAUUUGCAACUGAUGGGCAAAAUAAUUUUACGUACCCAUAUGGAUCAGCAUCUCUUAUCUUUGAUGGAAGAGUUAAGCCAAUAAGAUUAAAGAAUGGAAUAUCUGCCUAUGCCAAUUUGAAGAAGUAUGAUGGGAAGGUAGUCUUCAGGUAUAAGAUUCCUAAGAAUCCCGGAAAACAGUUGAAAGUUAUCAUCAUACCUUGUGGAUCUGUUGUAUAUGUAGAGGUAUUGAAGAAAGGAAGUGUAAUAGUCGCCAAGAGAAACGUACUGAACUACGAAAAGAUAACCAUAGAUUCUCCCACGGAAAGUAGCAGAUAUUACAUCAAAGUAUUUGCUGUUGAAAGAGCUGAACUAGACAAAUCCGCUGGAAUAGAGAUAUUAGCAUCGACCAAGCAGCUUUCUAAGGCUCUUCUUCCACCCAUGCCACAUACGACAUCCCUAAACGAAUACAAGCCACUCAGAACUUGCGACAGCGUCACAAUAGGAUGGAUUCCUGUCCCAGGAAGGGCAGUAAGCCACUAUUGCAUCAGCGCAAGGGAAGGGGAACUAGAACAAGUUAACAGCAUGGCAUGUCCGGCAAAAAACGGAAAAAUUAUGAAGGCUGAUGACUACGUCGUUAAAUAUUGCAAGGACAUUGCGCAGAGUGACAACUUUAUAGCUAAAAUAACGAUUUUUACCGACAACUGAUAAUGAGCGAGGAAGCCCACUUCGAUAUGAACGGAUUUGUUAAUAAGCAGAAUUGUCGUAUCUGGACAUUGGAGAACCCUCGUGUCAUCUAUCAACGACCAGUACAUCCACGUCGAGUCACAGUUUGGUGUUUGGAAUGGAGUUGUCAUUGGACCUUACCACCUUGAAAACGUUGCAGGUCAGUCAUCACUGAAAAUGUCAAGUAUUUGAAAGCAGGAAGUUCCUAUAUAGUCCAAGUGACAGUGAAGAAACCAAGAGGACGCAUAAUUUCUUACGACUUACUUCAAGUGCGUACUCUUCCAAAAUGUCGUAAAGUAUCCAAGUAAAAAUGAAGAUUUUCAACAGUAUACUCAAAGUACGUGUAAAAAUGUACAUAGUAACUGUAUAGAACUUCUAGGUAGUAGUAAGAUUAAUUAAUUUGACUUAUGUGAUCUCAGACAUAGCUAAGACUUAAGGAUCACAAUGUUUUGUUAUUAGGAUUAAAGUAUUUAUAUUUAUUGUAAAUAGAUAUUGCAGCUUUGCCAAAAGAACAGUUUUAUAUCUCGCUUUCUUGGCUGAUAUACAUAAUAAAAAAAAUAC